AAAGAGGCGAGGAAAGACAAUUCAACAAACUCAAACAAAACUUGCAAUUUAAUUCCCUACAAUGGGCGGCAAUCAUAGAGGAGUUAAAUAAGAGGACACAUAAGACUGGCUACACACCUAUUAAGAUCCACCAUAAAUUUGACUGUCUCAAAAAAGAGUACAGGCUAUUCAAAGACCUGACCGAGCGAAGUGGGUUGGGUUGGGACCCAGUUAGUCAAACAGUCACUACAUUGAUGGAAGUGUGGCUAACGUAUUUGCAAGCAAAUAAGGAUGCCGGAAAAUUUAUUGGUAAAGGGCUUGACCAUUUUGACCUCUUGAACGAGCUUUUGGAAGGCUCGUUGGCCACAGGUGUUUUUGGCCAACCCAACCCCCUAGGGGCCCCCUCAUUAGAGCAGGAGCAAGCAUUGAGGAAUCAAGGAAAGGCCAUAAAGAGAAGUGAUAGCAUGUCGGUUGAUUUCAGAAAGCGAAUGGUUGAUGGAAGUGAUGGAACAAGCAAUAAGUCAAUGCGAUGUGAACAAAAAGAGGCUUAUGAUGGGGUGGCUUUCGCAAACCAAAAAAAGGGAGAGUAUUUUGAGACCUUGACACAACAACGUCUUGAGGCAAAAAUUACUUUAUUGAGGCUUGUCUUGAAUGAAUGAACCCACUAAAACCCUUUGUUAGUGAAACUGCCUUUUAUAAGGCAUAUGACAAGCUUCUUGAGGGAGUUAAUUAUAGGGAAGGCUUUAUAAAGCUGACUCUAGAUGGAAGGAUGGGUUGGAUCAACCGCUUCGGAUCUGAGAACUGAUAGGAAGAGAUGGGGAGGUCAAGUAAUGGUUUGUGAACCUAAUGCAUGUUUUAUGAACUUAGGUAGAGAGUCCAUGAGUUUGUUUUAAAUUCAAGUAGUAUGGAAGAGAUGU